AUGAAGAGCACCAUUGCUGUUGCAGCCUUUGUUGCUGGCACCAACGCACUUGUCGGCCGCAGCGAUAGCUGUUGCUUCCAUUUGACUGCGACCGGUAGCAUCUCCGGCUCCCUUGGUCAACUGAGUGAUGGUCAAGUCCGUCUUGGCGAUACUACCUUGUCUGCUGCACAAUUCUGCCUCUCCGAUAGCAUUAUCACCGACAGUGAGGGCCGCGGCUGCGUUGUGACCUCGGAGACUACUCAAUUCCAGUGCGAUGAGGGUUCGACUGGUACAUCCGGGUUUUCUCUUACUUCAUCUGGUACCCUUGAGUUCAACGGUAGCGCCAAGUUCAUUGCCUGCGCGACUGGCUUGAAUGGCGGAGACAACAUCUACACUUCCAACAGCACGUCCGUCACCCAAUGUGUGAAUGUUCAGUUGGCCGGCGACUCAUGCUUUGCCGCCGCGUCUUCGUCUGCUUCGCUGAUUUCCUCCACACCUUAUAUCGCCUCUACCAGUGCUACGCCAGUACCUAUCCCCGCUCUUAGCUCCAGUGUCGCUGCUGUUGGCUCUUCCACUCCUGUGUUGACCAGCUCUGUCCCCUUGGUUGUUCCCUCUACCCCAGUCGGGACUUCCACCCCAGUCGGGACUUCCACUCCACUCGCAAGUACCCCAUUGACGACUUCGAGCCUUGCAACAAGCACUGCGACUUCAUCUAGUCAGUCGGAGUCAAGCUCCUCGGCUGGAUCCUCGGGGUCAUCUGCAGCUGCUACCACAUCCGCCCCUGCGAGUUCCGCAGCCGGUCUUGGCCUAUCAAAAUGGUCAUCACUCCAAGUUGCUGCGUUAACCUCUAUCUUUGCAUACCUGAGCUUGGUAUGA